CCCUCGCGACGACGGCGACGUCGCCCUCUCACUCCCUGGCCGAGGAGCCCUCUCCCUCUCCACCCGCUCCACCCAAUCCCUCCUCGCACGACAGCGCUCGCUGAGGCGCCCUCUCCCUUCCUCUCCCUGCCACAUGGAGUUUCAGAUCAAAAUGGGUUCUUUUCCUUCUCCAACGGCCGGAUCUACUUCGUCGGUGCCCGAUCUGUCGAGACGACGUCAGGGACGAGUUACAAUCAUGGAUGUGGCCGGCGGGGGCGUCGUGACGGUGGUAUCCGUGAGAGGGAGACACGGAGGAGCUGCUGCUGCCCAGAGUUGCUGCUUCCUCCCAAGCUCCUCCCCGAGCUGCUGUUGCCCGGAGCUACUGCUUCCUCCCAAGCUCCUCCCCGAGCUGAUCCUACCUCGUCCCGACGGGCAUGGAGGCGGGCAGGUCUGCCAGACCUGCAUCGACGGGCAUGGAUGCACCCAGGCGAGCCCGCAGUGAAAUUCAAGUACAGGUGCCACAAGGUUAAAUGUAGCCCCAAAACUUAAGCUUCUGGAGUUUGAGAACUGCAUGAAGAAGCAAGUAGAGAACUUGGUGAAUCCGCUGAAUGUCAUCAGCGGAAGGCUGUCGCAGCUGGAGCUAUUGCUAUAGGCUUGAAAGAUCCACUGGAGAGCUACAAAAUGACGUGAUGGAUUACCACGGCGAAGCAAAUCUCAACUUCAGUGGCCUUGAAAGCAUGUGAAAGAGAUCACCGAGAAUGUGUACAAGGAGCUGGAGUGAAGCACCAAGAACCUACGCUUCUCACUACCAUACCCGCUCCUGCCUUUCCUUGUCUACCUCUGGUAAGCCCUGGCAAGAAUGGUUCGCAGUUCAACCCAAGCAGCGAUCUCUUCACCCAAAAGGAGAGGCGUGAUGUGAUCAUCUCAACCACUUGCUAGGCGAGCUUCUGGCAAUUGGACGGCGGCCAGCUUCUGGCAAUUGGACGGCGGCCAGCUUCAGGGAACUGCAGCAGCGAGCUGGGCGACCUGGAGUGCAGCUGGGCGACGCCCCCGUCGAUCGAUCGGAGCUGGAGUGCAGCUGGGCAACGAGCCAAUGGAUGUAUCGGACCUGUAGUACAGCUGGGUGAUCACCCUGGAGGUGAACGAGCUCGGCGGAUCGAUCGAUGGACAUGGAGUUGGGGACGCGCCCGUGGAUCGAUCGGAGCUGGAGGCGCACGCGUGGAUCGUGUGGCGAGCUGGGCCACGCGCGCCUCCUUGAUGGGGAGGAUCGAUUCUUCCUGGGGGAGGAGCUGGCUGGCGGAGGAGAUUGCCGGGGAGAAUCAAUUCCGGUGGGGAUGGGGAGCUGGCUGCGGGAGGAGGAGAUGCCGUGAAGGAUCAACUCCGGUGGGAGACGAUGGGGGAAUCGAGAUCGGGAUCCAAUUUUUUGACAAGGGUGAUAACGAAAGGCCUGCUUAAGAAUUAUUAAUGGAAAGCCUGUUGGAGGCCCAUUCUGGCCCAUCAAACUUAUACCACAAUGGGGAACCACAAUAUAUGUGCUAAGAGAGUCGGAGGCCACGGACAGCAGCUCCUCCAUCUCCGAAACCCUCCAAACCCUAGCCGCAAUGGCCAGGAAACCCUCGCCCUCCGCCGCCGCCGCUGAGGCGGCCGACAACGAUUCCGCCGUCGCCAGCGCGAAGCCCGCCGAGCUCCUAGAGGCAGCGGCCAACUGCGACGGUGUCCAAGGGCACGCCCUAUUCUUCGACGCCCUCGUCCAGCUUAUCCCCCCGCGCUUCUACCUCUCCGUCGACGACGAGGAUCGCCCCUACUACCAGGGGCUCUCCAAGUCCGCCAAGGCGGCCAUGAAGGCUCAGUCCCGCGCCAACAUCAAGGCUGCCCGCCGAGCCCGCCUCGACCCCGCGGGGCCGCCUUCCUCCACCCUUGACCUCCUCAAGAAGUCCGUCGCCGACCAAGAGGCAGAGGAGGAAGAGGAGGAGGAGGAGGAGCAGGAUAAGUCGCAAGACGAAAUCCAGGAGACCGGGGACGAGGCAACCACGGAGGGCGACGAUGAUGGCAACGAUGAUGCCGAGGAGGAAGAGGAGGAUGAUGGUGAGAAGGAGGAGAUGCUGAUGGCCCCGGCAGCAGUUGUUUCCGAAGACCGGUCGGUGACUUACGAGGAGCUUCGGGAGCGGCUUCAUCGCCGCAUCACGGAGCUCCGUGGGAACCGGUGCACCAGGCCGGAGUUCCUGAAUAAGCCCCAGAAGGAGAAGAGCAAGAAGGUGAAGGGUUCUAAAGUGAAGAAUGGGAAGGACGAGGGUACAAAGCGCAAGCGUGAGGACGCUGAUGACGCAGAGGGUAAGGAUGGGAAGAAGCACAAGAAGGAGGCGGACGGGAAGGCUCCAGAUAUCGUGUAUGGCAAUGUGUUGGUUGAUCCAAAGGAUGCGAGGCGGAGGAAGAAGAGGAAGAUCAAGAACAAGAAGAAGGAGCUGGAGCAGGCUAAGCGGAUGCAGAGGGCGAAGGAAGAUCCUAAGAAGGCUACCAAGAUGGCCUGGGAUUUGGCAACAAGACGUGCUGCUGGGGAGAAGGUGCACGAUAACCCAACGUUGAUUAGGCAGAGCAUGAAGAAGGAUAAGAAGAGGCAGGAGAAGGCUGCGGAGCAGUGGAAGGACAGGCAGAAGACUGUGGACAGCAAGAGGAAGGAGAAGCAGAGUGCACGGACGGAGAACAUCCGGGAGCGGGCACAGGAGAAGAAGGCGCGCAAAAUUGAGAAGCGUGAGAAGAAGCUUAUGCGCCCUGGUUUCGAGGGUCGCAAAGAAGGAUAUGUCAAUAAGUGAGAUCUUCAUUGAAGGUGAUAAGGACCAAGGAGUUACUUUAUCCGCUUUAUGUUGGCAAGGCUGCAUAUGUUGAUGUUGCUACUUGAAAUAGGUAUCCCAGUCAUGACUGUCAUACUUAGUUAUAGCUUGAAAUUGGAAUGUUUGGCAGGCUGUCUAGAGAAGAUUUUGUGGUGUUCCUAAAGCUGUAUUAUCAUUCUGCUUAGAUAAAAUUGGCAAACAAAAGUUUAUGUUUGGGUAUUGUUUAAA